UGUCACCGUUGACCAAGAACAAUUUUCACGUUAGCGUUUUUAGUGUUGUUAUUUAGACAUUUAUUAACACCAUGGAACUUAAAAUAUGACAAAUUGAACUGCACAGCAUCACAUACUUACCCCAGGUAGUCGUUAAUUCGUGUUGGAGACAGGGCUUGGUUGAUAGAUGUUUUCUAGCUAGGUGGUAACGUUAGCUAACAAUGGCCAAUUGUGUGGUUUUUCACACUCAAAUAGCCUCCAUAAUGGAGGUGCUAGCUAAUGCAGCCGUGGCAGAGAUCUGUAAACUCGUAGACGACGACUAUGCAGUGUUCCGUUUGGAAAUUUCUCAAAGCCAGAAAGAAAACAGGGGAUUGCGGAGGAAACUACAGCUACUGGAACUGAAGGUGGCACGGGAGCGCGCAGAGAGGACAACGCGAGAGCGCGUCCUCGCCAGUCGUCCAGGUAGUUUCAAGAUCCUCGACCGAUACAGAGGAAUGGCAAGAGGUGAAGGACAUCUCACUGGAGGACACAGGAGCUUUGUGAAGACAGCGGGACACAAUAAAUGGAGAGAUAACCAACCAAUCACUGUUGAUGAGGGGAGUGGAACCUCAACACAGCAUGUUAUCGUGAUAGAGUCUGCAGAUGCAGAGGCUGCUGGUCCUGGGGUCAAGCUGGAGAGGUCUGAAGGAGAGGAGGACCCACGGCACAGCGGAGACAUCCAGACUGCAGCACCCCAUGUAGCCACGGAGGACCCCACCUCCGCCCCAGUGCCGCCCAGGACCCGACCCAGUAUCACGGAGGUCACUGGAACGCCGAACGCCGUCCUCAAGUCAGAGAUAGACACGGAUACAUUAACUGCAACACACAGGCUCUUACACACAGGAUCUGACCACGGAUCAGACCCAGAGAGAUUUGGGCUGGGGCCACUGGGCUGUCCUCCUUCUCCCGGCUCAGAGUACUUACCGGUAUUUCACCAGAGCCAGAGGACGGUUCAUUCCCGUGGAGAUGGUGAUGGUGAGGCGUUAGACACUGGCGGUGAUGUUCCGUCUUGUUCUUACUCUACAGAGAUGGACCCUGGCAACAUGCCCUUGGGUUUAGAGACACAGACUGAUCUGUCUAGAGGGGACUGGAACCAGUACAGUAGUAGUGUAUACUCUGAAGGGUGCCUAGAUAAGAAAGGGGAGGUUAUAGUCGUAGAUGAAGUGACUGUGAAAGUGGAGGGCGACUCUCCUCUGACCUUGAAUGCAGAUGAGACUCACUUCAGAGAAGGACACUCACAAGGCAGAGAUUUCUUAGAUUAUAGGGAAAGCUUAGAGACAAACCCAAAUGUCGCGAUACACUCCCCUUUACACACGCUCAAGGAUCUCGACCCAGUGUCCAAGUCGAUGGGGCCUUCCGAUCAGAUAUUGAACUCAAAGGACCAAAGGGCCAAGGCUCGUGGAGGGGGAGCAACAUCAGGCAAAGGUAAAGAGAAACGGUUUCUCUGCAUGUUCUGUAACAAAGGCUUCAGCUGUCUCCAGAAGGUGGAGAUCCACCAGAGGGUCCACACAGGGGUGAAACCCUUCAGCUGUACCCAGUGUCAUAUGUGCUUCGCUGAGGCUGGCAACCUGAAGAGGCACCAGAGGGUCCACACAGGGGAAAAACCCUUCAGCUGUACCCAGUGUCAUAUGCGCUUCUCCCACUCGUCCAGCCUGAAGAGGCACCAGAGGAUCCACACAGGGGAGAAAUAUUGAAGCUGCCCCGAGUGUGAGAAGAGGUUCUCCCAUCAGAACUAGCUGAAGAUGCACCUGAAGGUCCACACGUGAGAAAGGCUGUUCACCUGUACGCAAUGUGGGAAGAGGUUCUCAGAGAGGAGCUACCUCAGAAUACACCAGCAGAAAAAACAUUCCACUAAAUAGCUUCUGACCUUCAGCUCAAACCCUGCAUUAAAGACAAUAUAUUAUUUUUCAUUAUUGUCAGCAGAAAAGGUCCACAGAUGCAUUUGGAAUAACGAGAGUAACAGAUUUCAAUAUUGAAUAUUCCUGGGUAGAAUAUUGCAUCCAGACAUUUUGUGAUAUAUAAGCCUAAAAAGUCUGUUACAUAUUGUGUUGGUACUGUGCAGGAUAUAUGAUGUUCAUUACUUCCAUUCAACUACUUCUUUUCCCAAAGACAAUUUUAACGAGAAAAUGUAUGCAGUUUAUAAAGUUUAGGGCUGUCCCCGACCGAGUCGUCUGAUCUUUCGACCAAUCGCUUGGUCUAAAUUUUAAAAGUGUAUUUUUCCAUAUAUGGUUUUAAUAAAAUUAACUGUAUGCACUGAGAUUGUCUGAUGCUUUAAAGGGGUAUUGCACCCGCUGAUUUGGCCUC